AUGUCCGGAAGAGGAAAGGGCGGCAAAGGUCUUGGAAAAGGAGGCGCUAAGCGUCACCGCAAAGUUCUCCGUGAUAACAUCCAGGGUAUUACUAAACCCGCCAUCCGCCGUUUGGCUCGCCGUGGCGGUGUUUUCCUUGAGAACGUCAUCCGUGAUGCCGUCACCUACACCGAGCACGCCAAGAGAAAGACCGUCACCGCAAUGGACGUGGUGUACGCUCUGAAACGCCAGGGACGCACCCUGUACGGAUUCGGGGGUUAA